AUCUACAGUUCCUUUUCCUACCCUACACUUGUAUCAUUUAUCAGACCAACAUGACUUCCGGUCCUAAAUCCUUAGAAGGCAAGAAAUAUCCUGCCAAACAACACGCCAGAAACGUGGCAAAUCAUUUCAAAACCAAAGCUGCCAGUAAAUCAAAAGAUGCCUACUACUUUAUAAGCGGAGAAGAUUAUGAAUUAUACAAGUAUUGUGAUCAAACUAAACCAAUCAGACAAAACAGAUACUUUUUCUACUUGACUGGAUGCAACAUCCCUGGAUCUCACGUAUUGUAUGAUUCCGCCAGGGACAAGCUUGUUCUUUACUUGCCUAAUGUUGACAAGGAAGAUAUCAUGUGGAGUGGAUUGCCAUUAUCCCAAGAAGACGCAUUGAAGAAGUACGACGUUGAUGAAGUCAAGUUUGCUGCUGAUGUCCAACAAGAUUUACAUGCUGCGGGCAAGGCAUUCACCACUGAUAUCAACCAAUUCAAUGAAAAAUACAAAGCCUACCUUGUUGAAUCCGAUGAAGACUUUUUUUACGCUUUGGAUGAAUCCAGAUUAAUCAAGGAUGAAUAUGAGAUUGAAUUGAUGAAGCAUGCUUCUGCAAUCACUGAUAAUUGUCAUUUAGCAGUGAUGUCGGCCGUUCCUAUUGAAACCAACGAGACUCACAUCCACGCUGAAUUCACUUAUCAUGCCAUUAGACAAGGGGCCAAGAAUCAAAGUUAUGAUCCUAUCUGUUGUAGUGGAGAGUCAUGUUCUACUUUGCAUUGGGUCAAGAAUGAUGGCGAAAUCACCGAGGAUAAGAAGUCCGUGUUGAUUGACGCCGGUGCCGAAUGGGAAUGCUAUGCUAGUGAUGUCACUAGAUGUUUCCCAAUAAAUGGUGACUGGACUAAAGAACAUUUGGAAAUUUAUAACUUGGUCUUGAAAAUGCAAACUGAAGCCUAUAAAUUGAUUAGACCAGGUGUUGAUUGGGAAGAUGCUCAUUUGAAAGCGCAUAAAGUAUUAAUUGAAGAAUUCUUAAAGCUCGGAAUCUUCAAAUCGGAAUAUUCCGUUGAAGAAUUGUUCAAGGCCAAGGCAAGUGCCAAGUUCUUCCCUCACGGGUUAGGUCAUUUAUUAGGUAUGGAUACUCAUGAUGUUGGUGGAUAUGCCAAUUAUUCCGAUCCAGAUCCAUUGUUAUGUUAUUUAAGAAUCAGAAGAAAGUUGCAAGAAGGUAUGGUUGUGACCAAUGAACCUGGUUGUUACUUCUCUCCAUUCUUGUUAGAAGAAACUUUAGAAGAUCCAGAAAAGAGCAAGUACAUCAACAGAGACGUUUUGGAUAAAUACUGGUAUGUUGGUGGUGUUAGAAUCGAAGACGAUGUGUUGAUCACUAAAGAUGGCCACGAAGUGUUUACCAAGAUUACUAAAGAUCCAAAGGAGAUUUCUGCCAUAGUAAAAGCAGGAUUAGCCAAGGGUAAAGAAGGUUUCCAUAUUGUCGUAUAAGUAGUAGUAGUCGUCGUAAUUUUAUAUGCAGUACACAUUCCAGAUUCUUUU